GCAUUAAUGUACGUACCCCCGUUAAAUUCUAUACGUGCAAAUUAGCCGAUACAGUCUCACAGACUGAUUUUUUACGCUGCCCUUCGCGUCUGCCCAAGUCGCCCUUACCUAACUUCGCCAAUGGGUGGCGUAGUUGUGUUUCCGGGGCAUCUCGCAAGCUUCAGUGACUAACAGCCGCGCAGAACUGGUGCGUGUGAAACAGUUACUUGCAACCGUUUGAGAUUGUUGGAUGACAUUAACAGCAUAUUUCUGUCGGACGAGUACAGUCUUCUCAUGUGUUCAAUGUUCCGGCUGUCAAUAUGCUACCCUUUCUGAUCUGGAUCCAGAUUUUAUCAAUAAACGCUGAACAGUUAUGCGCUCGGCCGGGGGAAAAAGUUGAAAUCCCUUGUCGAAAUGAAAGAAAACUGCCAAAAGUGAAAUGGAGUUAUUAUACAAAGGGCGCGAAGUUCCUUUUAACCUCCAGCGGUGCAGAUGGAGUGAAGAAACACAACGCAGACUUUCAAAGCCAAUUUAGACUUACACAUGACAAUUCACUUGUUAUUGAGGGUAUGACAAGAGAGUAUGAGGGGAAUUACUCGUGUGAACUGUGCAAGAAAGACGAUCGGUGCGAAGUAACAAACGCUUCCCUGUUAUUGUUAAAAGAGACAUAUCUGGUGAACAAAACGAAGGCGAUCGCAGCGCCGGGCGGUGUUUUUACUCAUUCUUGUCCAACCGAAGAGACAGAUAAGAUGGACAGCCCAUCCACUGUGAAGUGGACGUCUGAAUCAAUUGGAAAACCGGUCAUAACUUUCACCCUCCAUGGUCGGUCUGCUGCGAAAAAACCGAAAGACGGCAAGAUGCUGUCAAACGGAUCUAUUUAUUUGUCUGAUGUUGACAGCAGUGAUGCUGGGAACUACAGCUGCUGGGUACAGAGAGGUCCGUGUCACUGGAUCCGCCUGCUGACCGUUAACUUGUACGUUCGGUCAGGAAGCCUCGUGGAAAAUGUGAACCAUGGGGGUUUGGGCCAAACUACUGAAUCUUGGAACCAAGAUGCCCAUGAGCCGCAAGAUAAAAAAGACUCCAGCCAUAAAAUGGUGGUUAUUUCUGCCACUUUGGUCACCUCUCUGCUUGCACUGCUACUUCUCUGCAUGGUUCUCCACUGUAGAUGUAGAAGAUCUGCAGAGAUUACCUCACCUAAUGAGCAACUACAUCCAGAGCCGAGCCACAGGAGCACAGAAAGCUCCAGGUCAGAGAUGAAUGAAACUGAAUAUCAUGUCUAUUCUGUGCUGAACGUAACAAAACCGGAAGAGUACUGUGUCAUCGAAAGCCAGGACACUUGCGUUUAUAGUUUAAUCAAGACCACACCAGCAUGCACUUCUGGAAAUUAGGUUUGAGAGUGGCUUUCGGUAAAGGCGCAAAGUCGUCAGAUACGAGGACCUGCCAUUUCUUAUCUUCUCUGGGUUCCAUGUAAACCAAGAUGAAGAUGAGAUAUGAACUGGGGAAGUUAACAGAUUGAACGAUAAACAUCAUAAACAGAUUGUUUGCUUUGUGGUGAAGUACAAAUUAUUUUUAAACUUGGAAAAUAUGAACUUUUAUUACGCUUUAAUGCAAGACCAUACUUAGGGCUGGAUAAAGACGGUAAUAAUGUGCAACCAUUGUAAUGUGCAGCCAUUGUGAUGUGCAGCCAUUGUGAUGUGCAGCCAUAGUAAUGUGCACCCAUUGGAGCUAUUAACGUCACCACAUACUUAGUGGUAUCAGCAGAGGUGACAGUGAAGUAUCAUAAACAUUGCAGCUGUUGUUUUUAUCACCGCUGUUGUUUUUAUCACCACUGUUGACUCUCAUGAGCUUCUGUUGUAUAUUCUGCAGGCUGCACGGCAGUGAAGAUGCUGGUGUGUUUUGGUGUUAAUUACCUGCAUUUUAUGUCAACUUAAUGCGCUGCUCAUUUGCACUUAGUCUAUAUGGAGGGAAUCCAGCAAAUAAAUAAUUUAAUUUAAAUGCUAA